AUGUCCCGAACGGGGAGUAGAACCACUUUGUUCCUCCUCUUUUUCCUGAUUAACAGCCUUUUCUUUUGGAAGGAACAGAGUGGCAAGCGAGUGAGUUCAUUUUCUGGUGUAUCCCCCCUGGGGGGAAAGCGCGCCUUUUUCAUCGGUGGGCCCCUGCAGAGGGAGGACCGGGGGUGGGGGGGUGGUGGCCAACGCACCAGACAAACCCUCGACGGGGCACAGAAAACGCAUAUCCAGGCGGACCAGGCGCUGAGUACCAAACGAAGCGCAGCGAAUGGUAGGUUGUUCUACAGUUUGGGAAGGCACCCCGUGGAGCAGAUUUCUGAAAAUGGAGGAGCAUGUGAACGAUUGUCUGUUCGUCAAUCGCCAGGAUUAUCUGCACGUUGGAAUCAUCCCCUGCGCAUGAGCGAUGAGGAGUACACGAUAAAUUCGGAUGACUACACAGAAAAGGCAUGGGAAGCAAUAACUACGUUGAAUAAAAUAGGAGAGAAAUAUGAAUCGGCGUAUGUAGAGGCGGAGAUGCUUCUCUUGGCCCUUCUGAAUGACGGACCAGAAGGACUAGCGCAGAGGAUUCUAAAGGAGAGUGGUAUCGACACAGAUCUACUCAUCCAGGAAAUAGAUGAAUACUUAAAGAAACAACCAAAAAUGCCAAGUGGAUUUGGAGAACAGAAAAUAUUAGGAAGGACACUACAAUCCGUAUUAGGUACAAGCAAAAGGUUGAAAAAGGAAUUCCAUGAUGAAUACAUAUCGAUAGAGCAUCUACUGCUGGGUAUCGUUGCAGAGGAUUCCAAGUUCACUCGUCCAUGGUUAUUGAAGUACAAUGUGAAUUAUGAGAAGGUGAAGAAAGCAACGGAGAGAGUUCGUGGGAAGAAGAAGGUUACUUCUAAAACACCAGAACUAACUUACCAAGCAUUGGAAAAAUACAGUCGUGAUUUGACAGCUUUGGCUAGAGCAGGAAAAUUGGAUCCUGUUAUCGGUAGAGACACAGAAAUAAGGAGAGCGAUACAAAUUUUAUCCAGAAGAACAAAGAACAACCCUAUCCUUUUAGGUGAUCCAGGGGUCGGUAAAACUGCUAUCGUGGAAGGUCUAGCCAUAAAAAUUGUUCAAGGAGAUGUACCAGAUUCUUUGAAAGGGCGAAAAUUAGUAUCCCUAGAUUUGUCAUCCUUAAUUGCAGGAGCUAAGUACAGAGGAGAUUUCGAGGAGAGGCUAAAAGCAAUAUUGAAAGAAGUCCAGGACGCCGAAGGACAGGUUGUUAUGUUUAUAGAUGAAAUUCACACUGUCGUUGGGGCUGGUGCAGUGGCUGAGGGAGCUCUGGAUGCAGGAAAUAUACUGAAACCCAUGCUCGCUAGAGGUGAGCUGAGAUGUAUUGGUGCAACGACGGUAAGUGAAUAUAGGCAGUUUAUAGAAAAAGAUAAGGCUUUGGAGAGAAGAUUCCAGCAGAUCUUGGUGGAACAACCAAGUGUUGAUGAAGCCAUAAGUAUAUUAAGAGGCCUAAAGGAAAGAUAUGAGGUUCACCAUGGGGUACGUAUAUUAGACUCUGCACUCAUACAAGCAGCUGUUCUCUCCGACCGAUAUAUCAGUUAUAGAUUCCUUCCAGAUAAAGCCAUCGAUCUGAUCGACGAAGCUGCGUCCAAUUUAAAAAUCCAACUGUCGAGCAAACCAAUUCAGUUGGAUAACAUUGAGAAACAGCUCGUACAACUGGAAAUGGAGAAAAUUUCUAUCCUGGGAGAUAGCCCUCCCCGUGGAGGCGGAUCGUUUAGCACCGUAUCUAGCAGUAGUAAAGAUGAUGAUUCCACCCAGGGGGGAAAGGACCCUCCCGUUGACUACUCACAGAGCCCGAAUUUUCUGAAAAAAAAAAUUAACGAGAAGGAGAUCAACCGACUGAAGAUGAUCGAUCACAUAAUGAGUCAACUGAGGAAGGAACAGAAAAGUAUUCUAGAAUCGUGGUCUUGUGAAAAAACAUAUGUGGAUAAUAUCAGAGCUAUUAAGGAAAGAAUAGAUGUUGUAAAAAUAGAAAUAGAAAAAGCGGAGAGGUAUUUCGACCUAAAUAGAGCUGCUGAGUUGAGAUUCGAAACUUUGCCAGAUCUAGAGAAACAAUUGAAGAAGGCGGAAGAUAAUUAUCUCAGUGAUAUUCCAGAAAAAAAUAGAAUGCUCAAAGAUGAAGUGACAAGUGAAGAUAUUAUGAACAUUAUCAGUCUAUCCACAGGGAUACGAUUGAAUAAACUCCAAAAAUCAGAGAAGGAAAAAAUCCUAAAUUUGGAAAAUGAAUUACAUAAACAGAUUAUUGGACAAGAUGAUGCUGUACGUAUUGUUUCGAAAGCAGUGCAACGGUCCAGGGUAGGGAUGAACGAUCCAAAGAGGCCCAUUGCAUCACUAAUGUUUCUGGGACCUACUGGUGUUGGAAAAACAGAACUAUCGAAAGUUUUAGCAGAUGUAUUGUUUGAUACACCAGAUGCAGUGAUUCAUUUCGAUAUGUCAGAAUAUAUGGAGAAACACUCCAUAAGUAAACUUAUAGGAGCUGCGCCUGGAUAUGUUGGAUACGAACAAGGGGGUCUGCUAACAGAUGCAGUGAGGAAGAAACCAUACUCCAUUAUCUUAUUCGAUGAAAUAGAAAAGGCACACCCAGAUGUAUACAACUUGUUAUUACGUGUGAUUGAGGAAGGAAAAUUAACAGAUACUAAAGGGAAUCUUGCAAAUUUUAGAAAUACCAUUAUUAUUUUUACAUCUAACCUUGGAAGUCAAAGCAUCCUUGAUCUAGCCAACGAUCCAAACAAGAAAGAUAAAAUUAAGGAACAGGUAAUGAAGUCUGUUAGAGAAACGUUUCGACCUGAAUUCUACAACCGUAUCGAUGAUCACGUUAUCUUUGAUAGCCUUUCUAAAAAAGAACUUAAACAAAUUGCCAAUAUAGAAAUUGAAAAAGUCGCCAACAGGCUUAUUGAUAAAAACUUCAAGAUAUCUAUUGACGAUGCCGUUUUCUCCUACAUCGUUGAUAAAGCUUAUGAUCCUGCCUUUGGUGCCAGACCUCUUAAGAGGGUGAUACAGUCGGAGAUUGAGACAGAGAUUGCCGUGCGCAUUUUGAACGAAACCUUCGUGGAGAACGACACCAUUCGUGUGUCCCUCAAGGAUGGCGGGCUGCACUUUUCGAAGGGGUAA